ACGGGAAGCAAACAAACGAGGGAGAAGAGUCAACAAAAUACUCUCAGAUCCUUUCUCUUUUGCUGACGAUUUGUAUAUUGUUAAUUUCUGAAUGUUAAUCUGAACAUUAUCUGCUUGCAUAUAACUGAUCAAACUCUUCUAUCAGCUAAAGCAGCACUAUAGCCAUGCCUAAGUCAAACCCAACUUCAUCGUCUUCUACAAGAAGUGUAUCUAGUUUACCUCUUUUUAUACCAGUACUAAUAAUACCCGUUAUUCUAGCAACAGUUCUCUACCAACUCGAGUCCUUCGACCCGGCUUCUUACCCGACCCAUGUGCUCAGUAACGAGCCGGCCAUGGUUUUCCCAAAGCGCAAUAACAAGAUGCUCUAUGGAUCGGAAAAAAUCGGAGUUGACCAGUUGUUAUCACCCGAAGACGUAGCUUAUGAUUCAAAUACGGGAGUUAUUUACACGGGCUGUGUUGACGGGUGGGUCAAAAAAGUGAAGGUGAAUAAAUCAGUGGCGGAUUCAAAGGUGGAAAACUGGGUUUUCACCGGUGGCAGACCACUUGGACUUGCUUUAGGACAUCAUGGUGAAGUUAUCGUUGCUGAUGCCGACAAGGGCUUACUACUGAACGUCACCUCAGAGGGUGAAAUUAAAGUGCUAACAGAGGAAGCUGAAGGCCUGAAAUUCAAAUUGGUUGACGCUGUAGACGUUGCAGAGGAUGGCAUUAUAUACUUCUCGGAUGCUUCUUACAAAUAUAAAUUCAAAGACUACAUUUAUGAUUUUCUUGAAGCCAGGCCCUACGGCAGAUUGUUAAGUUAUGAUCCAUCAACUAAACAGACCAAAAUGCUACUUAGCGACCUGUAUUUCGCUAAUGGUGUUGCCGUUUCUCCAGAUCAAAAUUCUGUUAUUUUCUGUGAAACCCCUUUGAGGAAAUGCAAGAAGUAUUACAUAAAAGGUGAACGAAAAGGCUCUGUGGAUAUUUUUGUUGAGAAUUUGCCUGGAUUUCCUGACAACAUUCGGUACGAUGGUGAAGGCCAUUAUUGGAUUGCAUUCGCCUCGGAAAAGACAUAUGCAUGGGACUUGGCACAAAGCUACCCAUUCAUCAGGAAGAUAAUGGCUAUAUUGGUGAAGUAUGUGGUGCAACCUCAUGCAGAAAAAAAUGGCGGUGUUUUAUCUGUUGAUUUACAAGGAAAUCCGGUCGAACACUAUUAUGACAGGGACUUGACGAUGGUGUCAAGCGCCACUAAGAUAGGUGAUCAUUUGUACAUUGGUUCUGUAAAGUCUCCAUACAUGCUUCGCCUCAAUCUCAAACAAAAUCCGGCAGUUCAAACUUCAUAAACAAGAAGGUGAGGAUUUUCUUGCAACCCACAAAUAGAGAUAAGGUCGUCAUCAUCCAGAAAUUUACUUUGUAUAAGGGAGUAAAUUGUUUGAUGUUUAUAAAUAAGGGUGUCUGUAACUGAGUCACUAUAUUUUCUGUAAGAUUUUCAUAAUAUAAAGUGUGCAAGUGUUUGUUUUUAAAAUACAA